AUGGCACCGCCAAUGGCCAAAAAGCGGCGACUAGAUAACGAAGAUGAACAAACCGAUACGUUCAAGCCGUCGGCAAGAUUCACACCCACAGAGUCCAGAGACUGGACGGUGUCAGUUGCAGUGCCCACGAGCUUAAUCACAGACUGCGUGACAAGGGAACAGCGGACCACGAACGUUGGUCGGAUCGCAAGAGCCCUGGCCGUCUUCGCCGUUGACGAGAUCGUCAUAUUUGACGAUAGCCCAAUGGAGACGCGCAUGGCCUCGGUCGACAUGGACAGCUACACGGGCGACACGGAUCCGGCCCACUUCAUGACCCAUAUCCUGUCCUACUUGGAAACGCCGCCGUUUAUGCGCAAGACCCUGUUCCCCCUGCACCCAAACCUGAGGUCGCAGGGCCUGCUGCCCAGCCUGGACAUGCCUCACCACCCCCACAAGGACGAAUGGCUUCCGUACCGAGAGGGUAUGACGAUCCCGGGGAAGACCAGGUCAGGAAAGGGGACGCUCGUCGAUAUCGGCAUGAGGGAGCCAGUCAGCAUAUCAGAGUCCAUCCCGCCCAAGACCAGGUUAACCCUUCACAUCCCAGAGGCCUCUGCGGACCCCGAGCCCGUCCACCCCAACGCGCCACGGACGGACGCGGGCUACUUCUGGGGCUACAGCGUCAGGAAAUGCAGCUCCCUCUCCAAGGUGUUCACCGAGAGCGCGUUCGAGGAUGGUUACGACUUGAGUAUCGGCACAUCGGAGAGGGGCCUAUCGGUGUCGAGGGCGUUCCCCGACGCGGGGACGACCGCCGAGUUCAACCACCUGCUGAUCGUCUUCGGCGGACCGCGCGGCCUCGAGUACGCGGCGAUGAACGACCCCGAGCUGAGCGAGAUGAGCGUCGGGGGAGGACGGACGAAGGAGCUGUUUGACUACUGGCUGAACGUGUUGCCGAACCAGGGCAGCAGGACGAUCAGGACGGAGGAGGCUAUCCUCGUUGCCUUGACGGGGCUGAGGAGGCUGUGGCAUCAAAGUUGA